AUAAGUUUAGUGCUUUUAUUUUGAAAUUCUGGAAAGUGACCUCGGAAAAGAAACAUUCCAGUGUGAAAAAAGUUGCGUACCUCAAACAGAUGACAGGUGGCUGCAGUGAAGUUGUAUUAAGCAGUUUUAUAUCAGCAGCAGGCAAGUUUCCCCUCAUGGCUGUAGACUGGAUCGGGUUCAGUUACGCUGCUUUGGUGUCAGCUGGAGGAGUUAUGGGCUAUGUGAAAGCUGGGAGCGUGGCGUCUCUGUGGGCAGGACUCCUCUUUGGACUGAUGGCUGCACUUGGUUCUUAUCUGCUUUCUCAAAAUGCCAAGAAUGUCUGGCUUUUACUAGGCACCUCUGGAACAUUGGCAGUUGUGAUGGGGAUGAGAUUUAUCAGCUCCUGGAAGUUCAUGCCCUCUGGUUUAAUGACUCUGGCAAGUGUACUGAUGUUGCUGAAGAUCACCAGCGGAAUGAAAAAGAAACCCAAUGGGCCUUGAAAUACACAUCUACCUCAUCAGUUAGUUUAUUAAAAACAGAAAAACUGAUGG